CCACCACCACUCUGCUCGGUUGCUGGAACUGGUUGAGUAGCUAAGAAGGAACCGUGUAGUGACUCUGGUCCUAAAAGAUUCACCGCUGGAUGCUCUUGCAAGCAAUUCCUGCUACUACAAUAGGUGCAGAGAGGUAUUUUGAUCCCUGUGCUGUUUGCUUCCCUUUGGAUUCAGCCACUAUGUGCCCUCCAGCUUCUUCUCCGGUUGCAGAUAUUGAUUUUCAUUGUAGAGAUGAGGAGCUCUUUAUGUUUUUGUAUAGACUUAAUAGUGGAUCCCCUCUCCCAGGAAAUGUGAUUACUGAUGUCAAUCCUUACAUCUAUUCACCAUCAAAUCUACCAGAAGACAUUUGGUACUUGCUUCGUGUCAAGGAGAAUGAUGAUACAGGACUUGGAUUCUGGAAGGUCAAAGGGGAGGCCUGUAAGCUGUUCUCGAAUUCUGCCAUCACUGGCUGGAGAACUACACUCGAGUUUUUUGAAGGCCAAGUGCCUCAUGAGCGUAAAACUGACUGGUUGAUGCAGGAAUACUGGAUAACUCAGAAGGAACAUAGUGAAAAAAGAAAGGCCAAGGAAGCCAGAUCAUUAUGCAGAGUAUUUCUGGGUGGUGAACAAGCUCUAGACCAUGAAAAUCAACUGAUUGCUAGCCCCCACAGUGAUACCCGCAUUGACCUUACACAAUCAAUUGGUCCAGGGACUCUUGCUGAUACAAGCCAUGGUUCCUUGAGCAAUCCUGAGGUGAACAAGGAUGAUGAAACUGAAAACAUGGUUGCAACAGGAAGACCGCCAAAUCUCCCGGUUGCAAAUCUGCCUGAAAUUGAUUGUUUUUCCAGAGGUGACUACCUGGAACUGCUGGAUCUUGAUAAUCCAGCAUCACGCUCUUCUAGUUCAGAUAAUUCGAGUUGCAUGACCAUGUCAUCGGAUGAAUACUUUGACUCAAUUGCUUUGUUGCGAGACCUUGAGUCUGAAAGUAACCAGGCCCUGGCACAAAAGGAUAAGGACUGCAAGCUUAGUGUCACUGCAUCUCCCAGACCAGCUGAGGUGGUUGUGCUUCCAGCUUCUCAGGGAUCAUAUAUCAGCAUUGAAGGAGGCAAGCCACAUGCUGUUGAAACUGAUUCGUCCAUGCAUGGAAAUGGUCAUAGAGAUUUAGAUAUUCAACCAGCAGUCAGCAAUCAAGGUGCAAAUCGCUGGGGUGAGGGUCCAUCAUCAAAUUUUCAUGCUGUAGGUGCAUCAUCAGGUGGCCAUGUUGCAUCUCCAGAUGAAGAGGAGAAGGCUGCUAGGCGCAGAAGGAAAAAGUCCAAGAAGAAGUAUCUGUGCUUCGUUCCAUUUUACUUCUUCUUCUGAUAUCAGUUUUUCAUUGAGCAUUUGUAUAAAAUCAAAUUAUCUUAGCGCGUAAAUUAACGAUUCUUGUUUGCAUAGUGCAUCCUAAAAUUACCAGGUCAUCGACAGAAGCUGGUAUAGUUAGGUCGUCAGGUAUUUGUCUUUUCAAAUGAUCAAUGGACUUUAGAUUUUAAGGAUAACAGGUAUACAUAGGUGGUGGUAUUUGAGUCGGUCAGGAUUUGCAAGCGGACACUGAUGGAAAAAGAUAGGAAACUGAUUGUUCUGUUGCCUGCAAGGAUCCAAGAAUCCUGUGCAUUUCCCUCAUGUAAGCUUGUAUUUGUGAAUUAUUCCUGUGAUUUUUGUAAUAUAAUAAAACUGCUGUUUUCAGCAA